AUGUUGAAUCCCUCUAGGAAACGCCAUCCGCCUGCGCAGCUGCAUUGCCGGAUCGCCAAACACUGCUUUCCGGUUUAUUCUCACCCCGUUUUUCGUGCAGAGGUGCAGGAGCGCAGGUUCGUCGAAACGCAUGUCGAGGAGGCUUUACAGGAUACGGAGCUGAUGGAAUGUCUGAAUCAACAGAUUGAGGCGUAUUUUCUUACCUUGCAGGAUCCUUCGAAGAUGGGGAAUUCCCUCGCGGAGGUUGAGAUCAGCGACGCCGCGAUCGCGAAAAUCCUUGAUGAGGCCUUAGCUAUCUAUCAGGGCGAUUCUACGGCGACAGAAAGUGGCGACCGUGGUGAGAUUUUGCGGGAAACCCCCUUUGAAAACCCCCUUGGCAGCGUGGAGUCGACCGGAGCCUCCCGAGAGAGGAUUUCCCGCAUGGAAAAAAGCAUCGAGGCGAAAAAAUGGCCUCUCCGGGGUCGUCAUCUUCCACCGCUUUCUGUCGUUUCCCCCUCAACCCGUGGUGGGGCGGUCGAAACGCGAAAUUGUCGUCUUCUCCCUGAUUUAACGCCGGUGGUGGUGGGGGCAGGGGGGGGUUUCGGCGAGGAGGGCCCCUUGACGACAGAAGGAUCCCCAGAAAGGGCGGUUUCGAAAUCCCCUUCGCAAACUGGGGAAGGGAGGAGGCCUCGAAUCUCGCGCCGUGGGGCUCGCGCCGCGAUUUAUUCACUUCUUCGCACCCGCCUUCCUCCGGAAUGUGCGGAUCGCAUCGUCGGGGAGGCCGAGAUUCGUCGUGCGCGGCGAGGAAAGGUCGGGGUGGGGGCCUCUCAGCUUCGCGCCCUUCCCCCUGCCAGUUUUGCCGAGUUGGAUGUGUGGAUGGAUGGCAACUCCACCUGCCUUCGUCGACGUCCAAAAGCGGCGGAUUUGACGCCGGCGCAACGCGCCGCGAUUCACGCCGCCCGCGCCCUCACCGAAGGCCCUUCGCGAUGCGUGAAGUGGCCGAUUGAAGUCCCCCUUCCACCGCGGCAUUUAUCCCCCUCCUCGUCGUGGAUGGCUUCCCCUUCCCCUUCCCGCCAUUCAACGCUUCAAUCCGGUGGAUUCGGAGGACUUUCCGUGGACCCCCGCGAACGCGCCGCGUCGCCGUCGAGAGGUCUUUCCAUUUCGAACGUUUCCACCCUGAAAUCGAUGGAAGGGGUGUUGGGGGAGCCGCCGCACGAAAACGCGUCGUUUACUCAAAAAACAAAAUUCCGCCUUCCCCGCAUGAAAGGGGUGGGGUUCACCCAGAAUACCCCCUCCUCGUGCUCGCGGAAUCGGGAAAAAGAAGAGACGCCAAGGGGGGAUGGCAGGAGGAACGGUCACGAUCAAGUUUGGGAAAAGGCGUUGCAAAAUGUAAAAAAUUUUUGCCUGUGA